AUGGCGCCGAAGAAGACACCGAAGGGCAAGUCGGGCUUCUUCGGCGUGAGGCAGAAGCCCUCCGGCAACUGGGGUGUGGAGUUCUCCGACGCCGGAAGGCGUUGGUGGAUCGGCACGUACCCCUCCGCCCACGAGGCCGCGCGUGCCUACCACGUGGCGGUGUGGCGUGCCGAGAGGCCUCGGUCGCACCUCAACUUUCCAGGGAUCGAGAGUCGGGCGGAAGCGGAGAUGCUUGUGCCGCAGGGCAUCAACAUGAAGGAGAUCACGACAAAGAAGAAGAAGACGAAGAAGAAGCCGUCGGUUGUCGUCGUGCUGGCGAGACCGAUGAGGAGGCGAUGGUGA